AUGGGCAUGAGCCAAUCCCCAUUGUCCAUGUUCAGACAAAUGGGCUCGUCUAUCGGGAGAUUCUCGUAUUGCUUGCCUCAUAUACUAACCCCCCUUAAGACAACAUUCUUGAGAUUCGGUGAUGAUGUCACGGGUCGAAACCUAAGUUCAACGCCCUUUUUGAACCAUGACUACAAAUACAAAGUGGGAUUGGUGGACAUAAGCAUUCAUAGUAAGCGUUUAAAUCUACCGAAUGGCACAUUUCCGAGAGGCUGCAUGUUGGAUGCCGGCUGCAGCCACAACCUAGUCGAAAUGCGUGUUUAUGAGAAGAUUCUAACGGUGCUGAUGCAAUAUUUCGAGAGGUUUAACAUGAGUAGGAUAAGGGCAAGUGUGGAUGGAUUUCUAGGGGAGGAGCUCUGCUAUCGUCCCCCGAGAGGAUUCAAAAGCUACCAGAGCAUGACGUACCAUUUUCCGAGGGGGGGACUUUGA